UAGCCUUCACCUAUUCCCGAUCCUAUCCCUCGAGCGACGUGGCCAAUCAGUGUCUGUGUCAGCGACACAUGAAUGGUGAUAUCCAAGAAAUGGAACAAAGAAGCCGCUCGUAUCGAAUUUCCGUUGAUAGAGAAAAUCCGCGGAUGAAACAGCACCGAAGAUUUGUUGUUACGGCUUGAGUGAAACCAAAUGAAUAUCUUCGACGCAAAGUCCAACGGUUUUGGUUUGCUCAAGGAGGGAACUUGGUCUCGUGAGAGCUUUGUCGGUCGCCAGGCGAGGCUGUUGGCUACUACAUUGGAACGAGAUUCCAGGAGAGCUACUGGGGGUUCCAGGAGAGCUACUGGGGGUUCCAGCCCUGCAUGAACACAUGACAUUGUAAAAGAUGAGCUGCUCAACAGGACCUUGAUAAGCUGACCAAAAUCCUGCACAUCCAGUAGUUUUCCAGAUGGAGACAGCACGGAGAACGGCGGCUCGACGCGACGGCACGGCACACGACACGACGGCUGUUGCUUCUCCUGUUAGGCUAUGCUUGCUUGGCAGCAGUAGACUCAGUCUAGGCCUUCCCAGCAGGUUUGACAUGACAGUGGUCCCUGCACAGUGAGUCUUGUUGACCAGAACAUGACAGUGACUGAACACUACUUCCCAUAGUCCCCCUUAGCACCGGCGUACGCUGAACAAUACACAAGUCCUUCAGUGUUCAGUCAAUCACCGGCCAGCUAGUAAUGACAGUAAUGCAGAGACUAGUAAUGGAGAGCCUGAAAAUGUUAUUCUUUGUACCUGACUGAGUCUUUAAGAGUCAACACUAGGGUUGUACAUUUUGAGGAAUAUUCGGAGGUGGAAACUUUCUGUGGGAUUUAACGGGAAUAUAUGCACAUUAAUAUAAUUUCAAUGUAGGUGUUUUCUUGCAUUGGAUAUAUUUACCAUAUCAUAUGGAGACAAACAUUUUGCCUUAUCAUACGUAUACUUAAUUGCAAAUGAUUAAAUCCUUCCAAUAGAAAUACAACUAUUUAGUUAUGAAUUGACCUUUUAAAUGAGUUGACUCUUCACAUGGGAUAAUUUCACUGAACACUGAAAGGGAAUAUUGAAUGAUCCACAAUGAUCCAUCGCAUCUCCCAAAAAUGUUUUCAACAAACAUCUGCAAAAUGAUAGUCUAGAAACUAAAGCUUUGGUUGUCUUCCCUUCAGGCUUCCAUGUCUUCUCCCUGGACCUCCUCAAUGUCCACCUCUUGAACAUCAGACUCUGAGGCCUCAUCUUUACUGUCAUUUUCCAACCUUGUUCAGGAUGGCUUGUUGUCAGGCUCAAAAAGCCUCAUUUGCCCCGGAUGUCCACCAAUAUUUCAAUCUUUGUAUUGUUCAGCCUGUUGCAUGCUUUGUGUGUGUGUUCCCAAACAAGGACCAGUUGCACUCUGAGAUGGCUGAUGUUGGUGGGAUUUGGAUGGAGGCAACAGGGGAAAGGGCCUCCGAUCCCUUCCACCAGGUGGCUGAUGCGACGUGUUGGCACGACUGCCAUAUUGCAUCUCCGUCCCAAAGCCCUUUCUUGGAAGUGUCAAGAACCUUGCCCUCAUCCAGGCCAAGGUGGCGAGACAUGUUAGUGAUGACACCAUAGGCCUUGUUGAUCUCUGCACCAGACAGGAUUCUCUUGCCAGCAUACUUGGGGUCCAACAUGUACGCUGCGGUGUAUAUGGGCUUCAGGCAGAAGUCUUCAGAACUGCAGUUUCUACUUGGAGCAACAGUGAAGUUGGCAGGAAUUAGGCAGAACCACUCUCAAGGGAUUGACCUGUUAUCUUAGGACUUGGUGAUGUGGUGGUUCGCUGUGGAUGCCAGCUCUCGGAUGGAUUAACAAGAGCGAGGCUCCUCUGACAGUGGACUGAGUGUCUCUCUGAGAGCGGCUCUCAGCCAGGGACGACUGCCCUUCUGGCCACAGCGCCCAUGAGGUAACGGCAAAAAGUCCCAUACCACCCUCGCUCCGCCCUCCACCCCAUCUCCUUCUAUCCCUCUCCAGCGAUGGGUCAGAAGAUCUCGGGCAGCAUCAAGUCUGUUGACGCACGGGGCGAUCCCUCCUAUCGGCCUGUCCGCCGUGAGCUGCGGGGUCCAGACUUCUGCCGGCCUCCUCGUCUUGACCUACUUUUGGACAUGCCCCCUGCGACCUCUGACCUGCAGCUCCACCAUGCCUGGAACCCAGAGGACCGCUCGCUCAAUGUCUUUAUCAAGGAGGAUGACAAGCUGACCUUCCACCGCCACCCGGUGGCCCAGAGCACCGACUGCAUCCGCGGCCAGGUGGGCUACACACGGGGGCUCCAUGUCUGGCGGAUCCACUGGCCGGUGAGACAACGAGGAACACACGCUGUCGUAGGGGUGGGCACGGCUGACGCUCUUCUACACUCUGUGGGUUACACAGCCCUGGUGGGUUCGGACUGUGAGUCGUGGGGCUGGGACUUGGGCCGGAACAGACUCUACCACGACAGUAAGAACCGGCCAGCCUCCACCUCGGCACCAACAUACCCGUGUUUCCUGGAGGCAGACGAGUCGUUUGUUCUGCCAGAUGCCCUGCUGGUGGUGCUGGACAUGGACGAGGGCACGCUUAGUUUCAUGGUGGACGGCCAGUACCUGGGCGUGGCCUUCAGAGGGUUAAAGGGCAGGAGGCUGUACCCUAUCGUCAGUGCCGUGUGGGGACACUGUGAGGUCUCCAUCCGCUACGUCAAUGGACUCGAUCCGGAGCCCCUCCCCCUGAUGGACCUGUGCAGGCGAGUGGCCAGGCUGGCUCUGGGGCGGGACCGAGUCAACCAGAUAGACACCCUCCCUCUGCCAGAGACCAUCAAGAACUACCUCCAGUACCAGUGAACCUACACACACCAGGACAAUGAACGACUGCUUGACGACGGCUACAUUUCACUACAGUCAACCCCAAACAAUUGAACCCUGAAACACUGGACAUCUACUGACGAUGAUGGUCGGGAGGAAGCCUAUAAAGGAGUUGCGAGUUUCCUUUUAGGAUGUGUUCAUUUUGAACUCUAUUGUUUCAGUUUGCUCACUGCUGUCCCCCAGAUGGACAAAUGAGUGACUGAUGGACAGACGGAGGUAGAUGGGCAUGAGACAGGACUCUAGCAGAAGUGUUGGGCUAUGAUGCUGGCUUCUUAUUGGGUCUAUGGGUUUAUAGCGUGUCAGCUUCUAGAAUAUAUUCCCGGAGGAACAGGGUGUUUUGGGGAUGAUGCACACAUAGUUACUGUACAUCUAUACAGACUCUCUGGAAGCCUCUCUGAACAUGUAGAUAUUUCGACUCUAUAGCAGGCUCUACUGAGGCUUACCAGCCCCUAGCCACAGGGACGCGAACAUCGUUCAACGCAUGCAUAUGCAAACACUCGCUCAUGCUCAGAGGGGCUGUUUUGGCUGUGUGAGGUUUUAUGUAUGUGUGGGUUGGUGCGUGUCGGUCUUGCUCCGCAACAGGCACCCUAAGACAUCAGUCUGAACCACUGAGUUUGGCAACACUGCAGCCUUGAUAUCUCUAGUCCCCUGCUGCACUGCACCUUCCUCACCUCAACUGGCAGUCUCCUUUUAUUUAUCAGUGGGUUUCAUUGGAUCCAUGCCUCUGUCUGGGUGAGUGACUGGGGCUGCAUCUACAGUGGCACCCUAUUCCCUACAUAGUGCACGCCAUCUGAUCAAGUGUAGUGCACUAUGUAGGGAAUAUGGUGGCAUGGUGGACAUACCUGGAAUGUUGUCAGUCAGUGUGAUGUGUUAAAGCUGAGGUUGGUCUGAGGGCCAAUCUGUUACUGUUUAUGUGCUCAGAGAAAGUACAUCUAUCACAGGAGAGAAAGACCUGCUGCUUUUUUUCCCCUCUUUCCGUUCUUAUCCUGUUGGUGACUAUUCUUUUAAGUAUAUGUUCUGUUUUUAUGACUGGGGAUUUAGUUUGUUUCUGAUUUUUUGUUUUCUAUGGUUUUGAGAUCCUUUGAGAUUUGCUGGACAGGAAGUGACCCGGGUGAGACAGGAAGUCUCGCUGAGAGAGACUGAUUGAGGAAUGUGCUGCCAUGAGAAUCUUUUAAAUGUGAAUAAAACACAAACAAA